AUGUCAAAGCUAACCUUGGACGGUUUUUUUUCGUACUGCAAACAAAUUGCUGAGCAUAUCCAACUGGGCGAGAGGAUGGCCGCGUUGUCAGGACAAGGGACCCCCAGACUGACCAGUGCAGUGGGAAAUCUCUACUAUGACUCAAUCCUCCCAUACCGCGAGGACGCCAACCCUCAAACGCGGGAGUUCCUCCAGCGAGUGCUGGAUGUCCUGCUCGACUAUGUCCAGCAGGUCAACGACCGCAAUGAGAAGAUCCUGGACUUCAAGAUGCCAGAGGAGAUGCUGAAGAUCCUCGAUCUGCACCUGCCCGAGGACCCUCUCCCGUUGAAGCAGCUGCUCGAGGACUGCAAGACCACCCUCAAACACCAGGUCAAGACUGGCCACCCCCACUUCUUCAACCAGCUGUCAACCGGGUUAGAUAUCGUGUCUCUGGCCGGCGAGUGGUUGACAGCAGCUGCCAACACCAACAUGUUCACUUACGAGAUAGCACCGGUUUUCAUUCUGAUGGAGAAUGUCGUGCUGGAGAAGAUGAGGAACAUGAUCGGCUGGAAGGGCGGAGACUCCAUUCUUGCUCCUGGUGGGUCAGUUUCGAACCUGUACGCGUUCCUGGCGGCCCGCCACCACAAGUUCCCGUACUACAAGGAGAAGGGGCUCACCAGCCUGCCGGGGCACCUCGUCAUGUUCACCUCCGACCAGUGCCACUACUCAGUGAAAUCAUGCGCAUCGGUGUGCGGUCUCGGCACGGACUACUGCAUAUGUGUACCGAGCGACGAGCGCGGGCGCAUGAUCCCGCAGGAGCUGGAGCGGCUGGUCAGGUACCACAAGGACAAGGGGCAUAUCCCGUUCUUCGUGAACGCGACAGCCGGCACGACGGUGCUGGGGGCCUUCGACCCGCUGCCGGAGAUCGCUGACAUCUGCGAGAAGUAUGACAUGUGGAUGCAUGUUGAUGCUGCUUGGGGCGGAGGCCUGCUGUUCUCCAAGAAGUAUCGUCAUCCUCGUAUGACUGCCAUCGAGCGAGCGGACUCCGUAACGUGGAACCCCCACAAGCUGAUGGGCACUCUGCUGCAGUGCUCCACCGUGCACUUCAAGUACGAGGGCAUCCUCUUGAGUUGCAACGCGAUGUCAGCCGAGUAUCUGUUCAUGACAGACAAGAUCUAUGACCCCAAAUAUGACACCGGGGACAAAGUCAUCCAGUGUGGUCGGCACAAUGAUAUCUUCAAGCUGUGGCUGCAGUGGCGCGCCAAGGGCACCUCCGGCUUCGAGAACCACAUGGACCGCCUGAUGGAGCUGACUGAGUACAUGGUACGCCGCAUCAAGGAGCAGCCGGACAAGUUCCAGCUGAUCCUGGAGCCCGAGAUGGUCAACGUGUCCUUCUGGUACCUGCCGCAGCAGCUGCGCCACGUGCCCCACUCUGCUGACAAGGAGUUGCUGCUUGGAAAGGUGUGCGCCAAACUGAAGGGCCGCAUGAUGCAAGCGGGCACCAUCAUGGUGGGUUAUCAGCCCGACGAGCGCCGCCCCAACUUCUUCCGCAACAUCAUCUCCUCGGCGGCCGUCACCGAGAGGGAUGUCGACUUCCUGCUGGCCGAGAUGGACCGCCUGGGGCACGACAUCAUCGUUGACUAA